AUGGAGAAUGAAUCUGAUAAUCUGUUAAAUAACGAUGCGCUUGUCGAUAAUCAUGACCAUGGAGGUCAUGGACAUAGCCACGGAGGUAAAGAUAAAAAACAUAAACAUAAACAUGGUCAUUCUCAUGAGGGAACUGUAUCCGAUGCCGUUGUUGGUAACAGUACUUCAGAGGCACAUGGCCAUUCGCACGACCACGGAGCUCAUGGCCAUAGCCAUGAUUCUCCAGCUUCACAAGAGAAUUCCAGCAAGAAGAAGAGCCAUGGACACAGUCACGACCACGAGCAUAACUACGAGCAUGACCACGACCAUAAUCACAACGACCACGACCACGACCAUGAGCACAACCACGAACACGACCACGAACACGGACAUAGCCAUGAAUCUCCAAGUAGUCCAUCUUCGCGUGGUCUGCUGAGCGGACUCGACACCCUCAAAGAGCUGGACAAGAAGAAGAAAGCCAGAUAUGCACUUACGGUUUGUCUCGUCCUCACAACAGUUUUCAUGGUUGGUGAAGUAGUCGGUGGUUACAUGGCCAAUUCACUUGCUAUCAUGACAGAUGCAGCUCAUCUCCUAACCGAUAUAGGUGCUAUGUUUCUAAGUUCAUCUUUACUAAUUCAAUAUUCUUUUAUAUUUCCCAGUUUAUUUGCAAUGUGGAUAUCAACACAUCCACCAACUUCAUCACUGAGUUUUGGAUUCCAUCGUGCAGAGAUUCUUGGUGCUCUUGCUAGUGUUCUCAUGAUCUGGGCACUGACCGGUGUUUUAUUGUAUGAGGCUGUCCAGCGUAUCACUCAUCCACCCGAAGUAGACGGUAAAGUUAUGUUUAUUAUUGCCAGUUGCGGUUUGGCUAUCAAUAUUAUCGAUGCCAUCAUUCUACACUUUGGUGCUGGAGGUCACGGACAUUCGCAUGGUGGUGGCGGUCACUCACACGGUGGCGGCGGUCACUCUCAUGCCAAGAAGAAAAAGAGAGUUGCCACCGAAGAGAUCGACAUUGAAAUGGGAGGCGAAGUAAAAGAGCACAAAGAGGAAAUGAAUAUCAAUGUUUACUCUGCAUAUAUCCAUGUCAUUGGUGACUGUGUACAAAGUAUUGGUGUCAUGAUUGCCGCUCUCAUCAUCUGGAUAAAGCCAGAGUGGAAGAUUGCCGAUCCCAUCACCACCUUUAUCUUUUCGAUCAUCGUCUUGUUUACUACCAUCCGUUUGUUGAAGCAGAGUCUUGGUGUACUGAUGGAGGGUGUUCCAUCGGAUGUUAGUGUCGCCGACGUAAACUCGGAUCUCUCUGAACUCCCAGGUGUUACCGAGGUCCAUGACUUGCACAUCUGGUCGAUCACCAUUGGAAAGCCAGCACUCAGUGUCCAUCUCACGAUUGCCGACGGUGUCGACUCUGACGAUACACUAAAGUCUGCAUGCAGACUAUUGAAAUCAACCUACAACAUCGAACAUACUACCAUCCAGAUUGAACGACAAGCAGGAGAUAACUCUACGGCUCUCUGUAACGAUCCAUGUCCACCACCAAAACAAAAGACAUUGAAACGUCAAAAUAGUCAUUAA